UAAAUUCAAUGAAAACCUUAUAAAAUUAUUAUACCAUACUCAAAGACGGCGCAAUUCUUGGCUUUUCACCUUCGCGUCGCAAGGUGAGUUUAGAUUCCUGUCAGCUUGAAAUGUCCGCCGACUAAAAACUUUCUCCACAACAAUGUUCGUCCACGACAAAACUUGGCCGUUUGUACUCAUCACCAACUCACUAAAUCAAUUGAACUAUAUCUAUGUCCGAACCUAGUUUUAGCUCCAUGGAUCAAGCUUACACUGAAAUUAUCGUAGUGCGUCAUGGAGAAACAGAAUGGAACGCUACUGGAAGAAUUCAAGGACAUUUGGAUGUUGAACUAAACAAAGUUGGGAGACAACAAGCAGCUUUAUUGGCUGAACGACUCUUCCGAGAGCCUAAUAUAUCCGCCAUAUAUUCUUCUGAUCUGAACCGAGCUCUUGAAACAGCAGAGACGAUUGCUGCAAGCUGUGGGAAGCUUCAGGUUAUGAAAGAUCCAGAGCUGAGGGAGAGACAUGUAGGGGAUGUUCAAGGCCUUCUAUACCGUGAAGCAGCCAAAGUUAGUCCCGAGGCUUAUAGAGCCUUUUCUUCUCGCAGAACUGAUCGAGUUAUACCAGGAGGUGGAGAAAGCUUAGACCAACUCUAUCACCGUGCUACAUCUUCAUUGCAAAGAAUUGGUCAGAAGCAUACAGGAGAGCGAGUGGUUGUAGUCACUCAUGGAGGUGUCAUAAGAGCGCUCUACAGGCGGGCUUGCUCAAAGAGGUUUAGGGGGAGUAUACCCAAUACCUCUGUCAACAUAUUUCACUUAUCUGGUGCUGAUGAGUGGACCAUAAAAGCCUGGGGUGAUAUCAGUCAUCUCAACCAAACAGCCUGCCAAUCUGGUUUAGGGGUGAGCAGAACAUCUGGGUAGUUCCUACUUGAAUACUAGAUGUUUUUAGCAUUUUUCCAUCUGGUAAUUCAAGCGAAUAAGUAAGCAAUGUCGCUGGACUAAUUAGAGACAAGAUACUGGGCCUAAUUCAAGGCAGUCUCGGUAGAUUAGUAUGCAGUUUUCUGGCUGUAUAAGUCGGUUUCGUUUGUUAAAAUACUUGAAGUAUGCACAAAGUAACCAUAAAUGUAUUCAUGCCAAAUGCAAAAGCAAUAGGUUGAUAAGACAGUAUCGGCCAAAUGCAUACCUACAAGGUUUUGAAAAUUCCCAGACACAGACUCCUCAUUGGCACCAUUUGCAAUCCCCGGAAGGAAAACAAAUGGUCUUUCCUUACGUAAGUUAGUAAAAAACUGAUGCAAAACAGUCCAAAAGAGUGCAAACUAUGCAAACCCCAGACAAGGAAACUCAUCUACCAUACUACUUUCUAGAAGUUGCAAGCGGUUUCGCACUUAAGGCAAAAUUCAUUUGGAAGCUUUGUGUUUAGUGGAAGCAUAUGCUUUCAAAAUCCAUCGAACUGUAGUUUGCCAGGGGACUCUCAAGAAGAUCAUAGUCAUAUGUACCACUGCAUAGGCUUAAAACACACCAACUCUCUGGACCAUAUAUCUUCAAACCCUUAUCAAU